AAAUAAGCUAGCCCGCGCAAGUACCUUUCCUACAGACAACGAACAUAACACGGUAGUGAUGUUUUCCUCCUCAGAAUCGUCAUCAUUGUCCUCAUCAUAGGCAACGUUUGGAUACGUCAGCUUGACCGUGCUUCUGCCUGAUUUGCUGGGCGCUUCCGAGUCGUCACCAAUUGCAAUGUUAGUGACCCUUCUGUCGGUUUGGGCUUCGAUGAUUUCAGGCUUUCCAGGUCCCAGCUUGAUGCUCCUACAUAGAAGAAGUAACAGCCAUUCUUCAGAAACAAAUGAAGAGGCUGUCGAGAGAAAGGUCGAAAAAAAAACACGAUCGAUGAUUUUAAGCGCCGACUGAAAGGCAUUCGCGGUGACCGUGAUUGUCGACAGCAACGCCCAAGACUCAGAUCAUGUCGAACUCUCUUAGACCGUAUCUUGCGGCCGUCAGGUCUACUUUGACAGCAGCCUUGACUCUGGAAAGUUUUUCAUCGCAGGUCGUCGAACGACACAAUAAACCCGAAGUAGAGGCUUCGGGAUCCAAGGAAGUCCUUCUCAACCCUCUGAUCAUUUCAAGAAACGAAAAUGAACGGGUUUUAAUCGAACCCUCAAUCAACUCCAUUCGCUUGAGUAUCAAGAUCAAACAAGCUGAUGAAAUAGAACGCAUUCUUUGUCACAAGUUUACUCGCUUCAUGAUGCAAAGAGCAGAGAGUUUCAUCGUGCUGCGGCGAAGGCCUGUACAGGGAUAUGAUAUCUCUUUCUUAAUUACCAACACUCAUUCCGAGACCAUGCUGAAGCACAAGAUUGUUGAUUUCAUCAUUGAGUACAUCAGGUCUUUGCUACUCUGUAUCAGCUGCUUAAUCCAACCCAGAUUUAUGAAAGAAGUGGAUCGAGAAAUCAGCGAUAUGAAGCUUAGUUUGAACGCAAGAGCUCGGAUUGUCGCGGAGUCGUAUCUUACUGCUAUUAGUACAUAAUUGUAUCCUCUCCCAGACCAUUCAUGAAUGUAAUAUGACGCUGGAGGACAUCGUGCAUACACGGCAUA